UUAUCAUACCUACAUGGCUCUAUUAUUUCUACCUAUAGUUCUAGGCUUCUCUAUUUAUAAACAUAUUCAUUUCUUUCUCUCUUCUUCCACUGCAAACCCUUCAGUGUUUCUCCUUUGUCACAUACCAACAAAAGCCUCCUUUGGUUUCUAUGAUUCAUGGGUGAAACCUGGAAAGCAGCAAUGCCUCAGUUUAGCAAUCUCCAAAUUCACAUUAAUGAUCAACAAGUAUUCUUUGUUAACGAGAAUAUUAUAUCAGCUUACUCAGGAAGGUUGAAAAAGAUCAUUAGAAAACAAAAGAGAAGAACCCAGAUUGAAAAUUCAGUUAUACAACUCAAUGACUUUCCUGGCGGUCCAGAUGGAUUUGAGCAAGUUUCAAGAUUCUGUUACAGCUACGGCAGAGCUGAAAUCACAGUUUCCAAUGUGUCAUUGCUUUAUUGCUGUGCAUUUUUUCUUGGUAUGACUGAGAAAGCCUCAACCAACAAUCUCUUGAGACAAACAGAGAAGUUCUUUGGAGGAAUGUUUAACUGGUCCUGGAAUGAUAUAAUUACUAGCCUAAGGAACUGUGAGUCAUUCUUUUCAUAUGCAGAUUCAUAUGGUCUAAUCCAAAAGCUCAUUUUUGCACUGUUAGCAAAGAUUGUUCAGAAUUCAGAUAUGAACUUCAUCACUUCUUCUUCUUCAUCUUCAUCUUCUCCUGAAACAAGCUAUGGCUUCAGAUUCCCUUCCACAUCCAAAGCCACUCCUAAAACAGCCAGUCCAUGUAAUAAAUCAGGCAAGGUUUGGUGGUUCGAUGACUUGACAAUACUAAGUCCAAAGAUUAUUGAAAAAAUUGUCAAGAAUUUGGGUGCUUAUGGGAACAAAAACGACAGCUUUACACUCACAAGGUUCCUUCUCCAUUACCUGAAAAGUAGAGCCCAAGGUUCACCAACCUCAAAAUCUGAAAAUAGUGGUCUGGCAGAAACGGCUGUUCAUGGGGUCAUCCUGGUAGGAAAAACUAAAUUUUCUUGCAGGAAACUGUUUUGGGUGUUGAGAGUGGUUUCUGCAUUUAGCCUCAGCAAAGACUGCAGGGUAGGCUUGGAGAGAUUAAUCGGUGAGAAUCUUGAUGAAGCAACUGUCGAUGACUUAUUGGUAUCUGGACAUAACAAGGGUGUUUAUGACGUUAAUCUUGUAAUAAGAUUGAUAAAAGUAUUUAUCAACGGUAUAGCGGUGUCUUCACUGAAGAUGAAGAAGUUUGGAAGAUUAAUUGAUAAUUACUUGAGAGAAAUAUCUCCGGACCAGAACCUGAAUAUCUCUAAGUUUCUUGCAGUAGCUGAGAGUUUACCUGAAUCCGCUCGAGAUUGCUUUGAUGGGGUCUAUAGAGCUAUUGAUAUCUAUCUUCAGUCCCAUCCUACUCUUUCUUUUGAGGAGCGAUCAAGGCUAUGUAGAUGCCUCAACUACCAAAAGCUUACAUUCGAAACAAGCAAAGACCUUGCCAAGAAUCCUAGAAUCCCACCAAAUAUUGCUGUUCAAGCACUCAUGUCACAGCUGUCCAAAGUACCCCAGUUUGUAUAUCACAACAGUCCCAGCGGCAGCAAUGGCAAUUACUCCCAUAUGAUCUUGUUCAAUGGCAGCAUAGACUCAUCAGAGGAGAGUUCUUCACAAGGGACUGAAGAUAUGAAACUGAAUUUGCAAAAGAUGCAAUGGAAAGUGGUAGAGUUGGAGAAGGCAUGCAAGGAAAUGAAGGGUCAGAUGUCAAAGUUGUUAAGGCAUAACACUGCCAUUACCCCUUGUUACAAUGCAACUUUGCCAAGAUUUUGUUGA